AUGAGAGCCCUUGCAUCUGACUGCCUUCGCAUCCCCUACACGGCUAAUAAGCUUGCAGAUGGCUUUGCUCGCCAAGUCUAUCUGAUCAAUGGCCAGCAACCCGGGCCCUUGAUCGAGGCAAACCAGGGCGACAUUCUUGAGGUGACAGUCUUCAACGACCUCGAUGUGGAGAAUACAAUUCAUUGGCACGGACUACUUCAACGAGGCACUCCGGAUAUGGACGGUGUACCAGGGGUUACGCAGUUUGCGAUACCACCCGGCGGCAACUUCACCUACCAUAUGCCCCUCGGGGACCAGUAUGGCUUUUACUGGUACCACUCGCAUUUCAAGUCAUAUUAUAACGAUGCUAUACGCGGGCCGCUCCUCAUACACCCAUCCCCGUCUCUACGCCGGCCUUUCCAAAGUCUGGCUCAGACCGAGGCCGAGGAGAGCGCUCUCCUCCAGGCAGAGAAAGACGCAACGCCCCUGCUCCUCGCAGAUUGGUAUCACGAUCCCUCGAAUGCAGUCUAUCAACAGUACUUUCGGACGGGCGCAUUCCCUGGUUGUGUCGAUAGCUUGUUGGCUAAUGGUCACGGAAGAGUUCAAUGUCUUCCCAACAACUUACUCAUGGCAGGACCUGGACUCGACCUCAAUAUAACAUCUUCCGAGGUGGCCUCCAAAGCCUCCAGCAUGUCCCACUCUAUGGACUCGGGCUCCACUAUGGCAAGUUGUGUGAACAACUGCGCUACUACGACGGACGCUAUGUCAAUGAACCCGACUGCAUCGAUGUCUAUGGCCAUGAUGAGGCGUGCGACGUCGACGGUAGAGCUUAUAGCAGACAAAGCUGAGGGUGGGAUGGAGAUGUCAUCUCUUAACGCGCUCGGAUGUACGCCACCAAUGAUGUUCAAUCCUGGCUACAGCAUCGAUUCACUUCCGCCAGUUACGUGCACGAAUACGACCGCCGCUUUGCUCACAAUAACUAAAAUCCGUUCUCAAGGCUGGCUUGCGCUUCAUCUGGUCAAUGCCGCCGCCACUAGCAAGUUACAAGUCUCGCUGGAUGCACAUACAAUGUUCGUGUUUGCUGCUGAUGGGCUCUAUGUGGAGAUGCAGGAGGUCAAGGUGCUGCCAAUUGCUAUUGGCCAACGCUAUUCAGUCAUGAUCAGACUCAAUCAACCACCAGGGCAGUACUACCUCCGCUUUGCAUCCUACCCGGUCGGGGACAUGCAGCAGGUAAUCCAAGAUCAAGUGAUUGUCGACAUCAGCGAUGGGAGGCACGACAACAAUAAUACUUCAUGCGAUAAGCCGCAAUCAACCUGGAUGUUGCUGAAUGGCUCGGCUAAAGCUCAAGCUUCUGUGCUGAAUGAAAAACUGCUGGCUCCUCUUCUCCCAAAUAUGCCGCCUACCGCUCCAGCAGAUAUCACAAGGAUCUUCACGAUUAAUCAAACCGCUCCAGUGGUAUGGGUCGUGGACAAAGCCCCUUAUACAGAGGCUAAGACACCUGUUCUGCAUGGAAAUAGAUCAGAUGGCUGGACCGCCAAUACGACCUUGCACAUGCCUAGUAAUUCUACUAUCGAUAUCAUCAUGCAAAUCGCAGAUGCCUCGAUGGACACGAUGGGUCACCCAAUGCAUCUGCAUGGGCACAAAUUUUGGAUCUUGGGUACGGGCACCGGUUCGCUCCCAUUUUCUUCGGUCAUGAACGCUUCACCAUCCGUGAUCAACAUGCAUGAUCCUCCUUAUCGCGAUACGGUUGAAUUACCAGCAGCCGGUUGGGCAGCUAUCAGGCAAGCUUCAUCGCGCCUGCUGAGCACGUUUUUACCUAUGAACUGA